AGAGAGAGAGAGAGAGAAUAGCAGAGAUGGAAAGAGGCUCAAGCUUUAGCACAGAAGAGCGGAGCUAUGGUGAUGCAAAGCUUGACGACGAUGGUCUUCAAAAAAGAACUGGCACAUUCAUAAGUACAACCGCCCAUAUCAUAACGGGGGUAAUCGGGUCGGGCGUGCUAUCUCUGGCUUGGGCAUUUGCACAGUUGGGUUGGGUCGCCGGACCCGUUUCUCUGUUGGUGUUCGCCGUCAUCACUUGGUUCACCUCCGUCUUGCUGGCCGACUGUUACCGUUACCCCGACGGUAAAAGAAACUACACUUAUAUGGAUGCCGUUACCGCUCACCUAGGAGGAUCAAAUGUGAAGGUGUGUGGAACAGCGCAGCACAGCAAUCUUGUUGGAACUGGCAUUAGUUACACCAUCACCACAGCCCUCAGCAUGAGCGCAAUCUCGAAAUCGAAUUGCUACCAUAAGUAUGGGCAUGGUGCUGAUUGCAAGCAUACAAACAAUACUUACAUAAUCCUCUUCGGAGUUGCUCAGAUUAUUCUAAGCCAAAUCCCAAACUUUCAUAAGCUCUCCUUUUUGUCACUCAUUGCGGCUAUCAUGUCUUUUACUUAUUCUUCCAUUGGGCUUGGCCUCUCCAUUGACAGAAUCGCAAGAGGAGGGCAUGUCAAGACUAGCUUAAUGGGUCAGCCAAUUGGAGCAGACUUGUCAAGUGCAGACAAGAUGUGGAACACCUUUGCUGCACUUGGAGACAUUGCUUUUGCCUAUUCUUUCUCUAAUAUUCUUGUGGAAAUUCAGGAUACCAUAAAAGCUUCUCCAAGGGAGAAUAAGGUUAUGAAACAAGCCACCUUCGCCGGAAUAGCGAUAUCCACAGUCUUUUACAUGCUGUGCGGCGUGCUGGGAUACGCGGCGUUCGGGAACGAUGCGCCCUCGAAUUUCUUAACCGGAUUCGGUUUCUACGACCCCUUCUGGCUCAUCGACCUCGCCAACGUCUGCAUCAUCGUACACCUCCUGGGAGCAUACCAGGUAUUCACGCAGCCGUUAUUCGCGUUCGUGGAGGAGCAGUGCAAGAGGAAGUGGCCGGAGAGUAGAUUUGUGAAUCAUGAAUCGACGAUUAAGGUUGUUCCAGCUCUUCCGGCUCUGAGUUUCAGCGCGUUCCGAUUAGUGUGGAGAAGCGCGUACGUGGUGGUUACAACCUUUGUUUCUAUGUUGUUGCCGUUUUUCAACGACUUCGUGGGUCUCAUAGGAGCCGCCGCCUUCUGGCCGUUAACCGUUUACUUCCCAAUUGAGAUGUACAUUGCGAGGGCAAAGAUUCGCAGGUUGUCUUUCACUUGGGUUUGGCUCCAGAUUUUGAGUGUGGUUUGCUUCAUUAUCUCAGUCGUAGCUUCUGCUGGGUCUAUACGUGGUCUUAUCCAAUCUGUCAAGACCUUCCAGCCCUUUCACGUGGAAUCUUGAACUUCACAUUUUCGUAUUAUUGUACGGAAUAGUUGUUUUAACUUUUAACAAUAUAAAUUAAUUUGGUA